CGAGUCCUCCCGAUUAUGCCUGAGCCAGCCAAGUCAGCUCCCGCCCCGAAGAAGGGCUCGAAGAAAGCGGUGACCAAGGCGCAGAAGAAGGACGGCAAGAAGCGCAAGCGCAGCCGCAAGGAGAGCUACUCGGUGUACGUGUACAAGGUGCUGAAGCAGGUGCACCCCGACACCGGCAUCUCGUCCAAGGCCAUGGGCAUCAUGAACUCGUUCGUGAACGACAUCUUCGAGCGCAUCGCGGGCGAGGCGUCGCGCCUGGCGCAUUACAACAAGCGCUCGACCAUCACGUCCCGGGAGAUCCAGACGGCCGUGCGCCUGCUGCUGCCCGGGGAGCUGGCCAAGCACGCCGUGUCCGAGGGCACCAAGGCCGUCACCAAGUACACCAGCUCCAAGUGAGUGCUGGGAGACACGAUCCAACCCAAAGGCUCUUU